ACUUCCACGAGAGGGCGUUACGGACUAGUAAGCGACCGUGUAAACGAAGAUGGUUAUUAUGUGAGGAAAGAGGGGGAGAUGUGUAGUGCGUUUUCUUCUUUAGUGUUAUUUAUUUGGCUUUGCAUUAUUCACUCAUGCUUUUCUAGUUAUAUAAUUCCAUUCCAAAAUAGAAAAUUCUGUCAAGAUGACGAAUAUUUCGAUCCUGGACGCCUGUCAUGCAAGAAGUGUGGCGGAAAUGACGAUGAAGCUCGCCGCUUUCUUUUGCAAGCAAGCGAUGGCCUUUCUUGCACAUGUAAACCCCAGCAUAGGUUGGUUACACGACAGGGUACAAACGUUAAGUGUGAGCCUUGUCCUGAAGGUCAGGUCUCGUCUCUUGAUGGCUGGCAUUGUGUUACGUGUAAUUCUUUUGAAAAUAUUACCGGAACUUGUUCAUCUUGUAGUAAUGGAAUCAAAGAAGAAAGGUUUAAAGACAAUAUACCCGUUGAGCAGUUUUGUAGACCUUGCCCUUCUCGAACACGACCCGACAACUCCGAAACACGUUGUGUUCGUUGUGCAGACGAUUUCCUGGUAGCUGGUGGAGACACUUGUACUUGUCCAGAAAAAGAGUAUGCAGAGAUAGGAGGAAACACCUUGUACCUGACGGUGAAGAGAGAUGUUGUUGUUGGUGGAAGUUCAGAGGUUGGUAUACACAGUAUACAUCCGACUCAGUACCUGACGGAACGAUAUAAGAAUUGA